AUGAUACGGCUAUCAGAGAGUGGUGGAUUAUCUAGUGGCUCAGGUACUCUCAGGAAAUGCCACCAGUUUUACGACAGCCCCACGUCAUGGCGAAUAAGCACUGUCAUUAAGUACUGCCCCAGCAUGGGAAGCAGCGUACUAGCGGCUCCUCAGAUGGAUCUCCAGAAAAGGAGAACAGCUGAGAUAGAAUCACUACUAUCACAGGGCGUACUGGAGGAAAAUAGAAGACGCCUACGCCCAGAAAUGGAACAAAUAAAGAGGCUGAUGGUGAUAUGA